UUGUCCCCUCCGGGAUGUGUCUCUCAGCUUCUCUUGCUUUGUCAUGACCUUGACAGUUUUGAGGAGGACCGCACAGGUGUUGUGUCGAAUGUCCCUCGUUUCGGGCCCGGGACCAGGGAUCUGCGGCUUCUUAGCAACCCCACCCUGCCCCCUGAGCACUGGGCGACAGGCUCUGGAUGUCUGCAGCUCCCAUCCCAGAAGGCCAGACCCUGCGCUCUGGGACAUGGAGCUCCAGCGCGCUGUCCUUCUGGCGGGUCUCCUGGUGGAAGUUGCUAGCAAAUCCUCAGAAAGUGUGGGCCAGCAGCCUGAAUGUUGUGUGGACUUGGUGGAUGUCAACACCACCUGCCAGAGCACAAGCCCGUGUGGCCCAGGCUGCUACAGGCACCGGAACGAAGACGGCAGUGUCAGCUGCGUCCGAUGCAGAAAUGGCACCUACCACGGCUCCGAAUGCAGAGGCCGCACGUCGCUGCCCGGCCGCCCCGCGGCACCCCCCACCGGGCCCGCCUGGCCUGCUUCCCGCCGAGGGGCCUCGUCUCCAAGUUCUGGAGGAACGGCCGCUGGCUGGGGCACGCACUUCCCGGUGAACAGGAGCACAGGGACACCGGGGCGGCCUCAUUUCGGGGGCCCUCAAGUGGCAGCCUCUCUCUUCCUGGGGACAUUCUUCAUCAGCUCUGGCCUCAUCCUCUCCGUGGCUGGGUUCUUCUAUCUGAAGCGAACCAGUAAACUCCCCAAGGUCUUCUACGGAAGAAACAAAGCCCCUGCCCUGCAGCCUGGCGAAGCUGCUGCUAUGAUUCCCCCGCCACAGUCCUCAGCACCCUGGGGCCGUCAUAACAAAUGCCCGCGAACUGCAACUGCGGGGCUUGAAGCGACAGAAAUGCACUCCGUCCCAGCUCAGGAGGCCAGAGGUCAGAAAUCAAGGUGGGGGUGGGGGCACUCCUUCCUGAGUCUCCAGGGGAGGGUCUGCCCUGCCUCCUCCGGCCUCUGGUGGCUCCAGACGUCCCUGGGCUCGUGGCCACACCACUCCAGCCUCUGUCCCCCAUCUUCACGUGACUUCUCCUGGGUCUCCUCUCUCUGCCUCCCUCUUGUGAGGACGCUGGCCAUCGGAUUUAGGGCCCACCAGAUAAUCCAGGAGGAUCUCAUCUCAAGACCCUCAAUCACAUCCGCAAAUACCCUUUUUCCAAUGCGAAAGCCGCGCUAUGUCAGACGCGAGCGGCCUUUGGACAGGGACACAGGCCCCACUGCCAUCUCCUCGGUGGAGGCCCGGGUCAGCAACGUCUGACCCGGGGACCCACCCGCAACUCUGCACACCGCCUCGGAGAGAGCCCAAUACACUGAGGGCAGGUCUGGACACGGCCCCUGGCUCAGCUUGACCGUCUCCCAGCGACAGAUGCCUGGUUGGAACCCGCCCAGCUGCUGGAAGGUGCUUCUUCCCACCCCACAGCUGCUCAGUGUAAUGGAGGGGGAGGCGCCCCUGAGGCGGGCUCCAGAGCGUGGCCAUGUGGGGUCUGGGCCCCUCAGGAGAGACGAGGACUGCCGGGCUUCUCCGUGCUUGGCAAAGCCGGGAGCUCGGCCACCCUGCCUAUCAGAGCCCACAGCGGGCAGACAUCCCCCGCACCGCCAGGCCAGUCGGCCUCCUGGCCUCCCCGCCCGGACGGUGUCCGGCCCAGGGGAGGUGGGGCAUGAGAACUGGCCCCUCCAAGGCUGAGGCGCCUACAGGGCCAUCCUGUAGCCAAGAGCCCCGCCCCCUCACCCCGAGCCCCAAACCACAGAUUUCCAGGAGCUGCAGAGGCGAGUUUCUUGGUUUGCUACUGACUUCUGUCAGUUUGAAGCAGCAAAGGCGGAGGGGCCCUGCUGUCCUCUCUGUCUCCUGCUCAUCACCUGCUCCCCACACGGGGCCCACGUGCUGCAGGGACUUGUCCACCCAGGGACUGACCUGAAAGCUCUGGAGGCCAAGGCCAGGCCCCCUGAGGGACGUGUCCACCCAGGGUCACAUUUACCUGUGACUGCUGCCUGGGUAGCCUGGUCUGGAUGGACCUGUGGAGGGCCGUGCUGUCCCUGGCUGCUUGCACACAGAAAGGGGUUCCCGAGGAGAAAGGAGCGAUUGUGGCUACCUCCCACGCACUGGGCUCGGCACUGUCCUUCCCAGAUUCUCAGUCGAGAAUGAUGGCUCCUUCAGCACCUGGUCCACAUCCCAGGGUCCCGACGCAGGGCCUGUGUGCUCAGCUGCUGUGCCCUUCUGCACCGUGACACGUGGCCCACGCGUCUACAGUUUAUGGGUACGAGCUCGUUCGAGACUUGAACCCGCGACGGGCCCAGCACUGAGCGGGGCGCCGCAGCUCAAAAUCAGUGUCAAUAAACCAUUCAGGGCUUUCCCCAUC